AUCAGCGCGCGCCGGCCUGCCCCGAGACGCGCCAGCGGCUGGCGCAGCCCUUCGCUCGCCCGGCCUCCCCCUCCCUGGUUCCGUGCUCUGGUUCCGCCAUGGAAUCCAACAAGGAUGAAGCCGAGCGCUGUAUCAGCAUCGCUCUCAAGGCCAUCCAAAGUAACCAGCCCGACAGGGCGCUCCGCUUCCUGGAGAAGGCCCAGCGGCUCUACCCGACGCCGCGAGUUCGCACUCUGAUCGAGUCCCUCAACCAGAAACCACAGUCUGCCGGUGAGCAAGCCCAUCCCACAGAUACGACCCACAGGAAAACAGGAGGGAGCGAUGCCCCCUCAGCCAAUGGUGAAGCUGGAGGAGGAGGAGGAGGAGAGAGCACCAAAGGCUACACUGCAGAACAGGUGGCAGCCGUGAAAAGGGUCAAGCAGUGUAAGGACUACUACGAGAUCCUGGGGGUGAGCAGAGCAGCUUCGGACGAGGACCUGAAGAAGGCCUACCGCAAACUGGCGCUCAAAUUCCACCCGGACAAGAACCAUGCGCCUGGUGCCACAGAAGCUUUCAAAGCCAUUGGCACAGCAUAUGCGGUACUUAGCAACCCGGAGAAAAGGAAACAGUAUGACCAGUUUGGUGACGACAAAGGCCAGGCCGCCCGGCAUGGCCAUGGGCACAGGGACUUCCACCGGGGCUUCGAGGCCGACAUCUCCCCCGAAGACCUCUUCAACAUGUUCUUUGGCGGUGGCUUUCCUUCUAGUAACGUCCACGUCUACAGCAAUGGCCGCAUGCGCUACACCUACCAGCAAAGGCAGGACCGCAGGGACAACCAGGGUGAUGGCGGGCUAGGGGUAUUCGUGCAGCUGAUGCCCAUCCUCAUCCUGAUCCUCGUGUCGGCUCUCAGCCAGCUCAUGGUCUCCAGUCCACCGUACAGUCUGAGCCCGAGACCGUCGGUGGGACACAUCCACAGGCGAGUCACUGACCAUCUGAGCGUCGUCUACUACGUGGCAGACACCUUCUCGGAGGAGUACACAGGCAGCAGCCUCAAGACGGUUGAACGGAAUGUGGAAGAUGAUUACGUCGCCAACCUCCGAAACAACUGCUGGAAGGAAAAGCAGCAAAAGGAAGGCUUGCUAUACCGGGCCCGGUACUUCGGUGACACAGACAUGUACCACAGAGCACAGAAGAUGGGCACUCCGAGCUGCAGCCGACUGUCAGAGGUGCAGGCCUCCCUGCAUGGAUAGUCCUGGGCCAUCCACACCAGCCAGGUCCAAACUAUGAAAUCCCUGGAGAACUUCUGGUGACACUCACUGAGCCAAGGUGACGGACUGUAUAUUUAAGGAGAGACAUACAAAGACAAAAAAAUUAAAAUGGAAUUGGAGGCUGCACACCGCACAACUGCCCUCUCUCUCACCCAGUAAAUGCAGAAAGCUGUUAGGACAGACAGAAAGCCUGCCACGGGGCUGCCUCCCUCCCUCCCUCCCAGGGAUGGCAGAGGCUCUGCAUUGCUCCUAGGAUACAGAAACCAUGGCAACGAAAGUAGAAUGUGAAACUUGGGGGGGCACUGGGGGAGAGGCUGCCCAGCUGCCUCUCCUCCCCCCACAAGACCCCUCCCACCAGUCACCUGCAGGAGGAGCCAGGAGCGGGACUGGCCCAGGGUAGAGAGGAGGAAAAAGAAUGCCUGGAAUGUAACUUGGAGAUGAGUGUGAUGUGUGUGUAUAUAUAUAUAUAUCUAUUUAUAUGUAAAUAGGCAUAUAUAAAGAUAUAUAUAGAGUCUACUUUUUAAACUGUGUAGCGAUUGGGUUAAGUCGUUCAGCUGAUUGCUUCUGUGUUAGAAAACGAGGCCUGUUUGAGAAGGCAGCCUGGUCCUUCCAAAGCUAGGCAUCAGCCGUAGCUGACAGCAUGAGAAAAGACAGGUCGUGUGCUUUAGUGUCCCCUCUCCCCCCUGCGGCAGCUUGUUUUGGGUGGCAGCAGAAAUCAUGAUGGGAUAAAUUCAUAAAAGACUUUGGGAGGAUGCCAAGUUUAUAUUCAAGCUGCAGAAGAAGCAGGCCAUGAGGGGAGAGGGCCCCAGGGUCGAUAGGUCAGUAUUGAGCCAUGGUACUGGGCAGAGGACACCCAUGCCGGCUGCUGCCCCUGUGGCCAGCUCUUUGUCCUGGUUCCCAGGAGCCGUGGAGCCAGCGCCUUGCCCAGAGUACGGCAGGGCUUAGCGAGAGGCCAGGUCCUGCCGACCACUCCCCGACCCGAGUCCCUGAGUGGGUUUGCCUUAGAGGUGCAGCAGGCACAGCUCCACCGAUGCCACGGGUUUUCCUGUCGUGUGCGGAGGACUCCAGAAGGCUCUUCCUCUGGAAUCAGCCCAGAGCCCCAGGGCAGCAGCUUGACUCAUGAAGAGAAGUCCACGCCUGAGGCGCCUCCUUUGUUGCCCGCCGCGGAUGUGACCAGCAGGCCUUGAUGAAGGGUGCACCUGAACCAGAAUUUUUCUUUCCCUCCCCUUCAAAUGAUUUUUCUCAGAGCAGCAGUUGCUGCCAGGGGGUGUGGAGUGGUUUUAUUUUUUCCCACAUCUAUACUGGGCCUUUUGGAAUUGCCUUUUUUCCAGAGUUCCUCCAUGGUGGGGUGUGUGGUGUGGAGCCCACCGUUUCCGAAGCCUCACUCCCUAAGCUGCCAGCCACGAGGUGGUAACUGUCCUCCCAGUUUCUCUUGGCUCUUUUUUACAAAGUCCCCCAACAAAUAGGAAUCUUGCUGGCAAAAGAAGUGUGGUAAGGAAAUGCCAAAUCUGGUUUUUAAACAAGGUCACACCCUGCGAUGAAAUGGCCAUCCCGGCCAGAGA